GGCGCCAAGCAAAGCCUUCUGCGGAGGCCUACAACCUCCUCUGCUUCUGCCUUCCGCUGCGCAUUUCUUCUUCCUCCUCCCUUGCUUGUGGUCUCGUCCAACUGUAAACACAACCGGUAAUCCAAAAGGGAGGGGGAAGAGAUCAAAAGCGGAGCAGGUAAAAGAACCAAAAAAGAAUCCGAAACCAAGAACGCAUUCCCACUCUCACCAGCAGAGCACAAAUAUAAGCUCACCACCACCCAUUUCCAUCCUCUCCCACUCUUUCUUCUUCUUCCUUCUCCUGUCCACUGCCAUUGCCUCUCCAAGAACAGAGAGAGAGAGAGAGAGAGAGAGAGCCGGGCCGCCCCAGGCCGUCCUAGGCAGCGCCACCAUGUCCGGCGGCGUGCUCCUCCUCUCCUUGCUGGUGGCAGCGGCCAUCAUCGCCUCCCCUGCCAAUGCCGCCGUGUCCUACGACCACAAGGCCGUGGUCAUCAACGGGCAGCGCCGCAUCCUCAUCUCGGGCUCCAUCCACUACCCGCGCAGCACCCCCGAGAUGUGGCCGGACCUGAUCCAGAAGGCCAAGGACGGCGGCCUGGACGUGAUCCAGACCUACGUGUUCUGGAACGGGCACGAGCCGGUGCAGGGGCAGUACUACUUCGGCGACCGAUACGACCUCGUCCGCUUCGUCAAGCUCGCCAAGCAGGCCGGCCUCUACGUCCACCUCCGCAUCGGCCCCUACGUCUGUGCAGAGUGGAACUUCGGUGGCUUUCCCGUGUGGCUCAAGUAUGUCCCCGGCAUCAGCUUCCGGACUGACAAUGGCCCCUUCAAGGCGGCGAUGCAGACGUUCGUGGAGAAGAUUGUGUCGAUGAUGAAGUCCGAGGGCCUGUUCGAGUGGCAGGGCGGCCCCAUCAUCCUCGCUCAGGUGGAAAACGAGUACGGCCCGAUGGAGUCUGUGAUGGGCGGCGGCGCGAAGCCGUACGCGAACUGGGCCGCCAAGAUGGCCGUCGGCACCGGCGCCGGCGUGCCGUGGGUGAUGUGCAAGCAGGACGACGCCCCCGACCCCGUGAUCAACACUUGCAACGGAUUCUACUGCGACUACUUCACCCCGAACUCCAACAGCAAACCGACCAUGUGGACCGAGGCCUGGACCGGCUGGUUCACGGCCUUCGGUGGCGCGGUGCCGCACCGGCCGGUGGAGGACAUGGCGUUCGCGGUGGCGCGGUUCAUACAGAAGGGCGGCUCCUUCGUCAACUACUACAUGUACCAUGGUGGCACCAAUUUCGACCGGACUGCUGGAGGUCCCUUCAUCGCCACGAGCUACGAUUACGAUGCACCUAUCGACGAAUACGGUUUGCUCAGGCAGCCGAAAUGGGGUCACCUGAGGGACCUGCACAAGGCCAUCAAGCAGGCCGAGCCGGCGCUCGUCUCCGGCGAUCCGACGAUCCAGUCGAUCGGGAACUACGAGAAGGCGUACGUCUUCAAGUCGAGCACCGGAGCCUGCGCCGCGUUCCUGUCGAACUACCACACCAGCUCCCCGGCGCGGGUCGUGUUCAACGGCCAGCGCUACAACCUCCCGGCGUGGUCCAUCAGCGUGCUGCCGGACUGCAAGACCGCCGCCUUCAACACCGCGACGGUGAAGGAGCCGUCGGCGCCGGCGAGGAUGAAUCCCGUGGGCGGGUUCUCGUGGCAGUCGUACAGCGAGGCGACCAACGCGCUGAACGACCGCGCCUUCACCAAGGACGGCCUGGUGGAGCAGCUCAGCAUGACGUGGGACAAGUCCGACUACCUGUGGUACACCACCUAUGUCAACAUCGACUCAAACGAGCGGUUCCUGAAGUCCGGGCAGUGGCCACAGCUCACCAUCUACUCUGCCGGCCACUCCAUGCAGGUGUUCGUCAACGGGCAGUCAUACGGCGCGGUUUAUGGCGGCUACGACAGCCCGAAGCUGACAUACAGUGGGUAUGUCAAGAUGUGGCAGGGCAGCAACAAGAUCUCCAUCCUGAGUGCAGCAGUUGGCCUCCCUAACCAAGGCACGCAUUUCGAGGCGUGGAACGCCGGCGUGCUCGGCCCGGUGACGCUCUCCGGCCUGAACGAGGGGAAGAGGGACCUCAGCAACCAGAAAUGGACAUACCAGAUCGGCCUGCAAGGCGAGUCGCUGGGCGUGCACUCCACCGCUGGGAGCUCGUCCGUCGAGUGGAGCAGCGCGGCCGGGAAGCAGCCCCUGACAUGGCACAAGGCCUACUUCAACGCGCCGGCCGGCAAUGCGCCGGUGGCCCUGGACAUGGGCAGCAUGGGGAAGGGCCAGAUCUGGGUCAACGGGCACAACAUCGGCCGGUACUGGUCGUACAAGGCCUCCGGCAACUGCGGCGGCUGCAGCUACUCCGGCACGUACAGCGAGACCAAGUGCCAGAGCAACUGCGGCGACAUCUCGCAGAGAUGGUACCAUGUCCCGCGGUCGUUUCUGAACCCGAGCGGGAACCUGCUGGUGGUGCUGGAGGAGUUCGGCGGCGACUUGUCCGGCGUCACAUUGAUGACAAGAACAACAUGAGAAAGGAAAAAAAAAAAGAAAAGAACAAAAGGAUUUAAACUGAGAAUAAUUUGCAGGGAAGAGAAGGAAGGGCACACACACCAAUUAUUUCUUGCUCAUAUCUAUAUAUACGGCGUAGAUAUGGAUACAAUUGGUGUUUAUUUUUAAAUGCGUAUAAAAAAUGUAGUAUUUAUCGGAGAUGUAUUGGAGGUGGCCGUCUGUGCGGUUGCAGGAACUGCAGCUCUCGUACGGCACUACGGCCGGCCGGUAUACAGUCGCUGUCCAUAUUAUUUAUUCUGAGCUGUUGAUGAUUUUGCUCUGCAGUCGACCGCACGAAUCUUAUGAUCCACAAAGUUCAUUUUCUUAUGAGAAAUUUGCAGCAUUCUGUUGUAAAUGGGUUAUUUAUUUCUGUCAUUAUGUAUGAUACGUUAUCGCGUCGAUGGUACGAGAGGAAAUAAUUAUUCUUUUCCCA